AUGAAUGAGAUAAACAAGAAUAUCCAGCUCUUGCCCAAUAACACAAUGUCUUACCUCUUCACUCAAAAUGCUUUCAAUACAAUGGGGACCUGCUUUGCCACAAUGGAAGCUCUUUUCCUGACCUCGGGUAAUCCCCUUAACUACCUGUGUGGCAAGAACUUCAAGCUAAUGGCUGUCAUUGGUGGGCUCAACUCUCAUAACUCCAAGCAAAUGCCCCAUAUCUUAAAUAUCUACAAGAUGGCACAGCUCAGUUAUGGCUCCUUUGACCCUGCAUUGAGUGAUAGAAUACAAUUCCCUUCUGUCUAUCGGAUAAUUCCCAAUGAAAGUCCUCAGUAUGUUGGGAUUGUUCAGCUGCUUCAGCAUUUUGGAUGGACCUGGGUUGGCCUUAUUGUUUCUGAUGAUGACAGUGGAGAAACACUAUCGAGAACUCUCAUUCCUUGGCUACACCACAGCAAUAUUUGCUUGGCUUUUAAGGAAAUUAUUCCAACACUGAAGAAGCACUGGGGAGAAAUAAAACAGCUCAAUGAUAAAUUAGAAAGAAUAAGUUCUGUUAUCUCAUCAGUUGAGACCAAUGUGAUUCUUGCUCAUGGGGACUCACGGUCCAUGGAGGGUUUACGAAUGGUUCUGUCAUUACAUGAAUUGGAUGAAAUGAAACCAAUAGAAAGAGUUUGGAUCAUAACAGCUCAAUGGGAUUUUCCAUCUGUAUACUUCAGUGGGGUAUUCACACCAAAAUCCUUCAAUGGCACUUUGUCCUUCACACUUCAUACAAAUGAUGUAGCAGGCUAUGAAGAAUUUCUCGAGAUGUUAAAUCCAACACAAUCUAUGUUUUAUUAUAUCCAUGGGUUCUGGUCUAAUGCCUUUGUUUGCUCAUUCCCGGCAUACAACAUUUACAUACCAGGUGCAGGAAAUUGUACUGGGGAAGAAAAGUUGAGGCUUCUCCCUGCCUCUGUGUUUGAAAUGGAGAUGUCUGGGCAGAUAUACAGUAUCUACAAUGCUGUUUAUACAGUAGCACAUGCUCUCCAUGCUAUGCUUUCAUCAAGAUCUCAGCAGAAAGCAAUGAGACAUGGUCAUACUUGGAACCUUCUCAGUGUUCACCCUUGGCAGCUUCACUCCUUCCUAAAGCACAUCCACUUCAACAAUAGUGCUGGGGAAGAAAUCUUUUUUGAUGAAAAUGGGGAGUCGGCAGCUGGAUAUGAUAUCAUCAACACUGUCACAUUUCCCAAUCGAUCCAUCCAUAGAAUCCGUGUUGGAAGGUUGGACCCCCAGGCUCCUGAAGGAAAGAAGUUCACCAUUAAUGGAACUGUCAUUUUGUGGAAUCACAAGUUCAACCAAAAGCUGCCCCAUUCCACUUGUGUUGAGAGUUGCCAUCCUGGACACAGCAGAAUAAUUCGACAGGGGGAGCAGACUUGUUGUUAUGAUUGCCCUCAGUGCUCCAAAGGAAUGAUUUCAAAACACAUGGAUGCAGACCAUUGCAACCUCUGCCCUGAGGAUCAGCAUCCAAACAAAAACCAGGAUCACUGCAUCCCUAAAGAUAUAAUCUAUCUAUCAUAUGGAGAGCCACUGGGGAUAAUUUUGGCUUUGUUUGCUCUUCUUACUACUCUGACCACCCUUUUGGUAAUGUGGAUCUUCAUUCAACAUCAGAAUACUCACAUAGUCAAGGCCAACAACUGGAACAUCACAUGCACCCUCCUCACAUCCCUAUUGCUUUGCUUUCUAUGUUCUUUCAUAUUCAUUGGAAAGCCAGGUGAGGGGACCUGCCUUCUCCGCCAAACUGUGUUUGGAAUUAUCUUCUCUCUCGCAGUUUCCUGUGUGUUGGCUAAAACCUUUACAGUUGUUCUAGCCUUCAUGGCAACCAAGCCAGGAAACAGGAUGAGGAAAUGGGUAGGGAAGAGGUUGGCAGUCUCAGUCAUCAUCCUCUGUACUCUUAUUCAAACUGUCAUCUGUGCAGUAUGGCUGGCAAUCUCUCCUCCCUUUCCAGAGUUUGACAUUCAAUCCCAGAUUGACCAGAUCAUUCUGCAAUGCAAUGAAGGAUUGGCUCUCAUGUUUUAUAUUGUCUUGGGCUACUUGGGGCUUCUGGCCAUCAUCAGCUUCACUGUGGCUUUCUUUGCCAGGAAGCUGCCUGACACUUUUAAUGAAGCCAAGCUCAUCACCUUCAGCAUGUUGGUCUUCUGCAGUGUUUGGGUAUCUUUUGUCCCAACCUACCUGAGCACCAAAGGGAAACACAUGGUAGCUGUAGAGAUCUUCUCCAUCUUGGCCUCUAGUGCUGGCUUAUUGGGUUGUAUCUUCCUCCCAAAAUGCUACAUUAUUGUACUGAGGCCUGAGCUAAACACCAGAGAACAGCUAGUAAAGAAAAAGAGUUCUUGA